AUGCGUAAAAAUGGCGGAGAUAAUGAUAAAAUUUUGGCGGAGAUUCGAGAGAUCAAAUCUGACCUUGAGAGUUUAAAAAAACAAGGCAACAACGCUAAUGCUAAUCGGGAAGUAUCGUCAGGCGGUCGGAAAUUCCCGAGGGAAACACGAUACCGUGGUAGAGGGUGUCUAUCGUGUAAAGAACGGAAAAUUGGCGGCACGUGUCAACAUUGUUUUGCCUGUGGCGAGUUUGGCCAUAUUGCGUCAGAGUGCGCGAAAAAUUUGGAGGCUCAUGCAAACGAGCACUGGCAACCCCGCCGUCGGGACAGGGUCUAGCCGGAAAGUCAACAUACCGUCAAUGUAAUUAUUGUUUAAAGAACUUGAAUAAAGACUUUUGGCGAUGCAAAUGUUGUAAAUUGGUAAGCUAUUGUAACUAGACAUGUCAGAGAGCUAAUUGGCCUCAUCAUAAAACAUUGUGUAAUGCUAUUAAAAGGGAAGUUAAGCGUACGACUCAAGUGUCACAAGAUAACGACUCUGAAAUUUGCAUGAGCCACCUCACUCCAAAGGAAAAUGAAAAGUUGAUUAAUCUCGUAGGUCAAAGAUGUACGGUUACGGGAAAAAUUAAUGAGAAAACAGUAGAAGUUUUAUGGGACACAGGAGCCCAAGUAUCUAUUGUUUCAGCCAAGUUUUUAAAAGAGAAUUUUCCAAUCCUAGUAACGAAUGAGAACUUAGAACUGCCUUUGGUAGGCUUUAACGUAAUUGAAGAUUUAAUAAAGACAAAUAAAUUUAAUUGUGGUGUUAUUUCAUCUAACUUUGUUGGUAUGCAAGUCGCUCGUGCUUCCGCCCUGGUUGAACUGAUAAACACUGUUAACCAUAAUGAAUUCUGUCCCGUUAAAACCCGUAAGAAAGACGUCAUAAAACCGCCAGGACAAUCUGUGAAAUUAUCAUGUAGAGCGAACACUGGUCCACUCAGUAAACCAACCCCUAUUCUUUUUGAAGCUGACUAGAACGGUCAGUGGCCAUCGGGCUUGGAAGUAUCAGAUGCAUUGCUUACGGUGAAGGGGGCAAACCUAGUAGAGUUGAAAUUGAAGUACGCAAUACGACAAGGCAUAACAUUCAGCUUAGGGGUUGUACAGUUCUUGGUCGCCUCCAACUUGUUUAGUUAGUGGUCCCAAUAGAUGUCAAACUAAAGGACAAUCCCUUUCACACUGUACUAUCCGAUAAAAACAAUGAAUCACGUGCUUGCAAGAGCAGCACAAUACAAGAUAAUUUACCAGUGAAUUUACCACAACACCUGAAAGAUUUAGAUCUAGGCGGCUUGACGGAGGAACAGAGAAACCUGGCGUCAAAACUGAAGGUUGAACAAGCUGAUGCGUUUGCUAAGGACGAUGAUGACGUUGGUCAUAUCCCUAAUCUGCAAAUGAACAUUCGGCUCAAUGAUACUAAACCUGUCCAAAAGAACUAAGUUGCCGUGCCUCGCCCUCUCUACCCGGAGGUGAAGGCAUACAUUGAAGACCUAAAUCGAAAUUUUAAAUCUGUGUUGCAUGGAGGUGAUCCACAACCAAUCGCUAGCAGUACUCCACAGUUCAACCUUAGUGACAUUCGACAAGCUCAGCUUGAAGAUAAUGUUAUUGGAAAAGUUUAUUCGUUUGUGAACAGAAAACAGCGACCAACUUCCUCCCAGAGAGCGGCAGAAUCACCCGAUACUAAACUCCUACUUCACGAAUGGCCAAAGCUGUUUAUUGCUAAAGACGGCGUUCUACGAAGACAGAGCAACUCACACGAUCAGAUUGUGCUUCCUAGACAAUACCAUCGAACAGUUCUACGUAAACUUCACGACAACAUGGCUCAUCUUGGAUCUGAGCGCGUCCUACGCUUGGCUCGAGAUCGGUUCUACUGGCCUAGGAUGCAGAGUGAUGUGGAGCACUAUGUACGGAAUAUCUGUCGCUGUGUUAAGCAAAGACCAGCAAGAUUGAAGACGAGAGCACCAUUACAACCUGUUAUCACUACUGCCCCUUCGAGUUGGUUUCUAUCGAUUUCGUCCACCUUGAAAAGUCCAGUGGAGGGUACGACUAUAUCCUUGUGAUUGUUGAUCACUUCACCAGGUAUGCACAAGCCUACCCGACCCGAAACAAAGCGGCAAAGACUGUGGCUGAAAAGUUGUACAACGACUACAUCCUUCGCUUUGGGUUUCCAGCCAAAAUCCAUGAUCAUCAAGGUGGAGAAUUCGAGAACAAACUGCUCAAAACCCUGGAAGAAUUUUGCGGCAUUGGUCAUUGUCGUACCACACCUUAUCACCCUCAAGGAAACGGACAAGUAGAACGGUUUAACAGAACACUCCUAGAUAUGCUUCGAACCCUUCCCGAAAACGAGAAAUCACGUUGGAAAGAUCACGUUAGCAAAGUGGUGCAUGCAUACAACUGUACUCGCAAUAACACUACUGGAUUCUCCCCCUUUUAUUUACUCUUUGGGCGACACCCCCGCUUACCCAUUGACCUCAUUUUCCAAACCCAAACACCAUCAACAAAACAGGAAUACCCCCAGUAUGUAAAACAUUGGAGAGCUGCAAUGGAGAUCGUGUCUUGGUGCGUAAUCUUACCGAACGUGGUGGUCCUGGCAAGCUGAGGUCAUUUUGGGAGAAUGACAUCUACGUAGUGGUAAAUCGGAAGGGCCCGGAUAGCCCAGUGUACGAAACGAAGCGUGAGAGCGGUAAGAGAAAGAAUAGGGUUCUACACCGAAAAUUACUUCUCCCUUGUGAUCAUUUACCUGCGGAAAACCCACAACCACCUACACCAAAACCACCCCCAGCAACCCUACGACACCAAAACGGACAACCACCCAGAAACGUUACAGCGCAGGAUGAGGAAACCUCCAGCGACGAAGAAUUCUCUGAUGUGGUAAUGGUCUCCCUACCUCGAGAAACGCGUUCUGCCCAAUCCCGAAACCCACUACCAACAGACGAGGCAGUUCCUGAUCAAAAUGAUAACCUGGCUGUGGACGACAAUUUAGAGACCCUUGAAUUGCAACCCUCUACCGAGACCGAAGAAACAUUAGACCUCAGCGGUGAUCAGGAUAACCUAAACCCUGUUCAUGAUAUCCUCACCAUACCUGUAGUUGAAAUCCGAGACCACAGCGAGUACAGCACUCACCUGAUCGGCUAA